AGAGCCGGUAUUCCCAUCUCACGGUGUGAUGAAUGGGGAGGAGGAGAGCUGCAUUGUUGAUCACCGUUACCAUAGCAGACGUAGCCAAAGCAAGACGAUCUGCCCCGAGGAAACUCGAUAGGACUCGGCCAUAGAGGGGAGGAGAAUGACAAACACACAGCAACGUGGGACACAAUGACAUCCCGGCCAGGAACGUAGGAUUUUCCCACAGAGUGUCCGUCUCAAACCACAGCGAUGGCUUCUGGAGACCUGCAGACAGAGCAACAGUCAAACCCGGAGGAUUCUGGGCCACCGGAGCCUCGUACGGUUAAAAAGAAGAAGAAGAAAUUGAAAGACGAUACGAAUACUUCAUCGGAAACAGAUGGGAAGAACGAGGAAGACCCAUUGAGCUCCCGGGCAGAAAUAGAGGACUUGACCAAAUGUGGGCACAAGGCCUUGACCUCGGGAGACCUCCAGGUGGCCAUGACCAGCUUCAAGAGGGCCUUCCUUCUGUCUCUAGGCACCACGAUGAAGACGGUUCAGAGGGCCUGCGCCUUCAACCUGGGUGCCGUCUACGUGGAAAGCGGCAAACCGGAGAAAGGACUGGAGUUCCUUCUUAAGUCCCAGCCGAAGGAUGGAGAAGAAGAGCCCACCGGCGAUCUCUACUUCAAUCUCGGCACGGCCUACGAAGCCUUGCUGGACUUCCCCAAAGCCCUGGAAUUUUUUCGGAAAGCCAUCAUCCUGUACAAGCCCUCGCAGCGGGGGAACGAGGGGGACGCCCACAUGAAGAUGGGGUACUGCUAUUUGGGGAUGAAGGACUUGGCCAGGGCUGCCCAGUGCUUCCAGGAAGCGGCAGACUCUUACAUGGAGGCUCAGAGGCUGGACGUGGCCGCUGUGGCUCUCAACGAGGCGGCUAAUAAUAUGCUCCAAAGCCAGGGUUGUGAUUCGGGCCACGUCCUCCAGAUCCUCAACGAGGCCCGUAUGGUGUGUGACCACAUCACUAGAAAAGAUCUGCUGGGCAAGUUGUACAAUGACAUUGGCCUGAGCUAUGCCCAGCUGAAGGUCUUCUCCCUGGCGGUGGAGUGUUUCCAGAAGGCCUUGCCGUUCUGCCAGGAGGACGACAUGGACGGGAACAAGGAGGCGGUGGUGUUGCAGAACCUGGGGGCCGCCUACAACACCCUGGAACAGUUCGAGGAAGGAUUGGACUACCACAGGAGGGCGGCAUCACUACACAGCAUGCUUGGUAACCGCAGAGCUCAAGGACAAUGUUUUGGCAACUUGGCGUACGCCCUGAGCCAGCUCAGCGACCACGAGGCGGCGGCAGAGAAUUACCUCCACUCUCUGCAGGCGUUUAAAGACUCAGAUGAUGUCCACGGCCAAUGGCAGGCAUGCGAAGGACUCGGAGCAGCCAAAUUCCGUCUGGGUGAUCCGGAGAAGGCCGUCCUGUACUACAAGCAGGCCCUGGCCUUAGUCUCCAAAGCCAAGGAAGCCUCCAACGAUGCGCAGGAGAGAAUCGUGAACAAGCUGACCGAUGCGCUUCAGUACAAACUGUCCUUCAACAGACACCCCAUUCAGGGCGGAGCCAUACCGCCACCUGUGCCACUGAGAGGAUCCACUGGCCAGAUUCUCCGGGGGAACUCCAUAAGGCGAUCCACGAGGACUAACCACGAAUACGCCAACAUAACGCAGAUGUUUCCUCCUCAGGAGAGCAGACCGUCUCGGAGAAAAUCCCAACAUGCAAGUCGUUCUGCUCAGCCGCUGGAAGAACUGUACGCAACUUUGAAGACCAGAGAGACUACGCGAGUCAACGGGCAGCCAUCUUUGAAGAGCAAGGUGUCAGACUUUGGAGAAGAGGAGGAGGAGCCCGACACCCUCACAGUGGUCACUAAUGAGUUUUCCGAAGACUGCGAACAGUCGGACGCGGCCUGCGCCAGGAAUUAUCCGCAUGCCAACAGCAAUCUGAACAACACCUACCUGCAGCCAGAGCCCGUCUACCAAAACUGCAUGAUGAAGAACACCAACAAAAGUGUACAUGAUUAUGAAACUCUCAAGCUGAAGACUUUAGAAACAAACAGGAGGGUGAGUGACCCCCCCGGCUGCCUUCACAUACCGAGAGCGGAUGGCCAGGAACCCUCCAGGAAAUCAAGAUUUCAAUCCCGGAUGUGUCACGUCAUGUGACGUUAUGGACGGCGUGCAACGCAAUGGACAAUAGCGCCCCCAUCCCACCGUAAGCAUCGGCUGCAGUUUCAUAUGGAUGAAUGGAGGACGGCCUCGGGGAGUAACCUAACUUGCUCAUCUGGUGACCCUCCCACCUGGGACAUCUCACAGUUUUUUUAUUCAUUGCGGCGGGACAUGAUUCUGAUAGGGGGGCAUAGUAGCAGCUCAUCCAAUCACAGUUCAGUUAUAGAGCCCAUGCCAGAAACUGAAUCUUAUUUAUCAAAGACUCUGCGUAAGAGUCAGGGGUUCACCUUGACUGCCUGCCACUUAGCUACUUGACCCUACACCUUUGCUGAGGUGAAGCAGUGGUCUCUCCGCAGCGGGGCCGAUCCUAGGGUCACAGGCGCCUGGGUGCAGAAAUAUUUCUGGC